CGCGCGGUAAGCGGCCCGUCUCGCCGCCGCAUAUUCUCGUCCUUUUCGUCGCCGUUUUAUCGUUCCAUCGGUCCAUCCUCUCCACCAGGCUGCGCUGACCAGGGCUGAGCAGGCUGGCUAUGAUUUGGCCAAGGGGGACCCUGCUCGAAUCAUUCUGGAGUAGUUUUGUUCAGUUUGGGAAUCGCACUAACGCGGGUUUGGGCUCCACGAUCGCGGCUCCACUCACCCACGCUCUAGGAACGGGGUCUCCUCCGGCAGGCGGAGAUAGUUCCUAUCACGAUAAGGAAGCUCUCGCCUGCUGUCCUUUUUUUUUCCCUUUCGUGUGGUCGCUGCCACACAAAAGAUUCGUGGGACAUAAAUAUCCAUGGCAGCUCUUUUAGGGGCUCUCGGUCCAGACCUGCGCCGCAGUUGUGCGACCUGAAUUUCAAACCCCGAUCCAAGUCGAUUCGAUUAUUUCACCACUUUCGUUGACUUCGCCAUCAUGGGAUCUAUAGGGCAAUCUUCCCUUCCGGCCGAUUUUGUUUGGGGCUUUGCGACCGCUGCCUACCAAAUUGAGGGCGCUGUGACUGAGGAUGGACGCGGUCCCUCUAUCUGGGAUACUUUUUGCAAGGUUCCUGGCAAGAUCGCCGGUGGCGGGUCUGGCGAGACCGCGUGCGACUCGUACCAUCGUACUCAUGAGGACAUUGAAUUGUUGAAGACAUGCGGUGCGAAGGCAUACCGGUUUUCCCUAUCAUGGUCUCGCCUUAUUCCCCUCGGCGGCCGCAAUGACCCCGUCAACGAGAAGGGUCUACAAUUCUACGUGAAGUUUGUCGAUGACCUCAUUGCAGCGGGGAUCACCCCGAUGGUGACACUCUUCCAUUGGGAUCUUCCGGAUGAGUUGAACAAGCGUUAUGGAGGGUUCUUGAACAAGGAGGAGUUCGUUGCGGACUUUGCCAACUAUGCCCGCCUGGUCUUCAAGACCUUUGGUUCUAAGGUCAAGCACUGGAUCACAUUCAAUGAGCCCUGGUGUAGCUCUGUGCUGGGAUACAAUACGGGUACCUUUGCCCCCGGCCACACCAGUGAUCGCAGUAAGAGCGCCAUAGGCGAUGGAUCAACUGAGCCGUGGAUUGUGGGUCAUAGCAUUCUCGUCGCGCACGGUGCAGCGGUGAAGAUCUACCGUGAUGAGUUCAAAGCACAAGACGGUGGUGAGAUCGGUAUCACAUUGAACGGUGACUGGGCUGAGCCUUGGGAUCCCGAGAACCCCGCUGACGUGGAAGCCUGCGAUCGCAAAAUCGAGUUUGCCAUCUCAUGGUUUGCCGACCCUAUCUAUCAUGGCAAAUACCCAGACAGCAUGAUCAAGCAACUAGGUGACCGACUGCCCACCUGGACGCCGGAGGACCUUGCCCUGGUGCAAGGAAGCAACGACUUCUACGGGAUGAACCACUACUGUGCAAACUUCAUCCGCGCCAAGACCGGAGAGCCCGAUCCCGACGAUAUCGCAGGAAAUCUGGAGCUGCUCCUGGAAGACAAGAAUGGCGUCAGUGUCGGCCCAAUCACUCAAUCACCAUGGUUGCGACCUUCCGCACUGGGAUUCCGCAAGCUUCUCAAGUGGCUGAGUGAGCGUUAUGGAUACCCCAAGAUCUAUGUUACGGAAAAUGGAACCAGUGUGCUCGGUGAGAACGAUCUGCCGCUGGAACAACUUCUCGAUGACGAGUUCCGCGUGCAAUACUUCAAGGACUACAUCGGUGCUAUGGCGGAUGCAUACACGUUUGACGGAGUGAACGUUCGGGCUUACAUGGCUUGGAGCCUCCUGGACAACUUCGAGUGGGCCGAGGGUUACGAAACCCGCUUCGGAGUGACUUAUGUUGACUAUGAGCACGAUCAGAAGCGGAUCCCGAAGAAAAGUGCUAAGACCAUUAGCCAAAUCUUUGAUCGACUCAUAGUGAAGGCCUGAGAUUGGCUUUCAACGAACUAGGGCGAGGACUUUGGGACCUUCUAGGGGGCCUCGUAAAUUCACGACCACGUGCCUGCAAUAAUUUGGAUCUUGAAGGAGAAGGAAGAACGUAAAUUUGAAUAUGCAUGCUAUUUUCAAGAACGCAAGUCCCUUUUGAUGGUAGAUAGAAUAGAAAAAAGGUAGAAAUGUGACGCUCAAUAGAUUAUGA